UUUAUGUCCUUUAUCGUAUUGCUGUCUGGUGUCCUUUCCUGCAAUUCGGUAGAUGUCCACCCCAUCGGACACAUCAGGUGGUAUGUCCCAUCCUGGCCCUUCCCCGGGGGCAGGUCUAUCCCCAGGACCCAUUUUGGGCCCCAGUCCUGGACCGGACCCCUCACCAGGCUCUGUUCACAGUAUGAUGGGAGCCAGUCCUGGACCUGGAACACCAAACGCACCUCACGGCAUGCAGGGCCAGGGACAAAGUGAUUACUCUCAGGAUAGCAUGUAUCCUAUGCACAAGACCAUGGAGGGAAUGAAUGACAAGACUAUGGCAGAUGCGAUGCACUUUGGUCACAUGAAAGGUGUGGGAAUGAGAUCUCUGCAUAGUGGCAUGGGGCCUCCACAAAGUCCUAUGGACCAACACAGCCAAGGAUACAUGUCCCCCCACCCAUCUCCCAUGGGUGUCCAUGAGCACGCUUCCAGUCCCAUGUCAGGAGGUGGAGGUGGUGGGGGACCCACACCGCCCCACAUGCCUCCCUCCCAAUCAGGCCCUAUGAUGCCGAUGGAACCCCAGGGAGCCAUGCCCAACAUGGGCCAGCAGGGCCGGGCACCUUCUGCUUUCAGUCCAGUCCAGCUGCAGCAGCUCAGGGCUCAGAUCCUGGCCUAUAAGAUCCUGGGCCGUGGGCAGCCCCUGCCUGAAAACCUCCAACUGGCUGUUCAGGGCAAGAGGAGCUUACCCACAAUGCAGCAGCAGCAGCAGCAACAACAACCGCUGCAGCAGCAGCAGGCGCCUAGUGCUAGUCCUUACAACAGGCCUGCAGGUAUGCCAAUGGCACCUAUGGGUGGUCCCCAGUCAAGUCCCUGCCCUACACCAGCCAUGCAAGCACACAAUCAAAGCACAGGACCCAAGCCAUGGUCCGAUGGUCAGAGUGGUGAAAAUCAAGCCAACCCUCAGAAGCACCUCACCCCUGUUUCAAGUGGACGCCCGUCACCUGCACCACCUCAGCCCUCGGCUGUGCCAGCUGGGCCCAUGCCAGGCAGUUCAGUGGCCCCUCAAGCUCCCGGGCAGCAGGUGUCCCCCAUGCUCCAGAUGCAGCAGAAACAGAACCGCGUCACGCCAAUCCAGAAGCCACAGGGCUUGGACCCUGUGGGGAUCCUGCAAGAGAGAGAGUACAGAUUGCAAGCUCGGAUUGCACAUCGAAUCCAGGAACUGGAAAGUUUGCCAGGCUCGUUGCCCCCUGACCUGAGGACUAAAGCCACAGUGGAGCUCAAGGCACUGCGUCUACUCAACUUCCAGCGGCAGCUUAGACAGGACGUGGUGGCGUGUAUGAGGCGAGACACGACGCUGGAGACGGCUCUCAACUCGAAGGCUUACAGACGCAGCAAGCGGCAAACGCUGCGGGAGGCACGCAUGACCGAGAAGCUGGAAAAACAGCAGAAGCUCGAGCAGGAGAAGAAGCGCAGACAGAAACAUCAGGAAUAUCUCAACAGUAUCCUUCAGCAUGCUAAAGACUUCAAAGAGUAUCACCGCUCAGUGUCCGGUAAAAUGCAGAAACUCACCAGAGCUGUCGCCACCUGGCACACCAACACAGAGCGGGAACAGAAGAAGGAGACUGAGAGAAUCGAGAAGGAGAGGAUGAGGAGACUUAUGGCGGAAGAUGAGGAAGGAUACCGAAAACUAAUCGACCAAAAGAAAGACAAGCGUCUGGCCUACUUGCUGCAGCAGACGGAUGAAUACGUGGCCAACCUCACCACCCUGGUGUACGAACACAAAGCGGCCCAAGCUGCAAAGGAGAAGAAGAGGAGGAAGAAAAAAAAGAAGAAGGUGGAUAGAGAUGACGAAGGCACAAGCGCCAUUGGACCAGAUGGAGAGCCAAUGGAUGAGAGCAGCCAAAUGAGUGAGCUGCCAGUCAAAGUGAUUCAGACUGAGACUGGGAAAGUUUUGCAGGGAACGGAUGCUCCCAAAUCCAGCCAGCUGGAGGCUUGGCUUGAGAUGAACCCUGGGUAUGAAGUGGCCCCGCGGUCAGACAGCGAGGAGAGCGGCUCAGAGUUUGAGGAGGAGGAGGAAGAGGAAGCGGCCAAGGCAGAAACCGAGGAGAAGAUGAUCGAUCCCAAUGGAGUUGAAGUGUUUGUGACGGCGGCCAAGCACAUCAUCGAGUCAGCCAAGCAGGAUGUGGAUGAUGAGUACAGUGUUCCUACUGGACAAACCAGCUCCCAGUCUUAUUAUGGUGUGGCCCAUGCUGUCAUUGAGAGGGUGGAGAAGCAGUCGUCGCUGCUGAUAAACGGCACACUCAAACAUUACCAGACCCAGGGCCUGGAGUGGAUGGUGUCCCUGUACAACAACAAUCUAAAUGGCAUCCUGGCUGAUGAAAUGGGCCUCGGCAAAACCAUCCAAACCAUCGCCCUUAUCACCUAUCUAAUGGAGCACAAGAGGAUCAACGGCCCCUUUCUCAUCAUUGUUCCUCUCUCGACUUUGUCUAACUGGGUUUAUGAACUUGACAAGUGGGCACCCUCUGUGGUCAAAAUUGCUUACAAGGGCACCCCUGCUUUGCGCCGUGGGCUUGUGCCUCAACUCCGCAGUGGGAAGUUCAAUGUCUUGCUGACUACCUAUGAAUACAUCAUCAAGGAUAAGCAAAUUCUGGCCAAGAUUCGUUGGAAGUACAUGAUUGUGGAUGAGGGUCACCGUAUGAAGAACCACCACUGUAAGCUGACCCAGGUGUUGAACACCCACUAUGUGGCUCCCCGCCGACUCCUCCUCACCGGUACACCACUGCAGAACAAGCUGCCCGAGCUGUGGGCCCUGCUCAACUUCCUCCUGCCCACCAUCUUCAAAAGCUGCAGCACCUUCGAGCAGUGGUUCAACGCCCCGUUCGCCAUGACAGGAGAGAGGGUUGACCUAAAUGAGGAGGAGACCAUCUUGAUUAUUCGGCGUUUGCAUAAGGUGCUCCGCCCCUUCCUGCUCCGCAGACUGAAGAAAGAGGUGGAGUCACAGCUGCCAGAGAAGGUGGAGUAUGUCAUAAAAUGUGACAUGUCUGCUAUACAGAAGGUUUUGUACCGCCACAUGCAGAAAGGCAUCCUUCUCACUGACGGCUCAGAGAAAGACAAGAAGGGCAAAGGAGGAGCAAAGACCCUGAUGAACACCAUCAUGCAGCUGAAGAAGAUCUGCAACCAUCCAUACAUGUUCCAGCACAUUGAGGAAUCGUUUGCUGAGCACUUGGGUUAUCCAAACGGCAUCAUAAAUGGGCAUGAUCUGUAUCGAGCUUCUGGGAAGUUUGAGCUCCUAGAUCGCAUCCUGCCGAAGCUACAUGCCACUAACCACAGAGUCCUGUUAUUCUGCCAAAUGACCUCACUCAUGACGAUCAUGGAGGACUAUUUCAGCUACCGCAACUUUCAGUAUCUGCGUCUUGACGGAACCACCAAGUCUGAGGACCGAGCUUUACUGCUGAAGAAAUUUAAUGAGGAAGGAUCUCAGUACUUCAUCUUCCUGCUCAGCACCAGAGCGGGUGGCCUCGGCCUUAACCUGCAGGCUGCCGAUACUGUCGUCAUCUUUGACAGUGACUGGAACCCACACCAGGACCUUCAGGCUCAGGACCGGGCUCACCGCAUCGGUCAGCAGAAUGAGGUGCGUGUGCUUCGUCUCUGCACCGUCAACAGUGUGGAGGAGAAAAUCUUGGCAGCUGCUAAAUACAAACUCAACGUGGAUCAGAAGGUCAUCCAGGCAGGCAUGUUCGACCAGAAGUCCUCGAGCCACGAGCGUCGUGUCUUCCUCCAGGCCAUUUUAGAGCAUGAGGAGCAGAAUGAGGAAGAAGAUGAGGUGCCCGAUGACGAAACCCUUAACCAGAUGAUAGCCCGCAAUGAAGAUGAAUUUGAGCUCUUCAUGCGCAUGGACAUGGACCGACGCCGGGAGCACGCCAGGAACCCAAAGCGUAAGCCUCGUCUAAUGGAAGAGGACGAGUUGCCAUCUUGGAUCAUCAAAGACGACGCGGAGGUGGAACGGCUCACAUAUGAAGAGGAGGAGGAGAAGCUGUUCGGCCGAGGAUCACGCUGUCGUCGGGACGUGGACUACAGUGACACGCUGACCGAAAAACAGUGGCUACGGGCUAUUGAGGAUGGGAACCUGGAAGAGAUGGAGGAGGAGAUCCGGCUGAAAAAGCGCAAACGCAAGAGACGUCAGGACAAGGACUCGUCGAGCAGAGAUGACGGCGGCACCAAGGCCAAGAAGAAACGUGGACGUCCACCAGCUGAGAAACUCUCCCCCAACCCCCCCAAACUCACCAAGCAAAUGAACACCAUCAUCGAUACGGUCAUCAACUACAGAGAUGGGUCAGGAAGACAACUAAGCGAGGUCUUUGUCCAGUUACCAUCCAGGAAGGAGCUCCCAGAAUACUACGAGCUAAUCAGAAAACCUGUGGACUUCAAAAAGAUCAAGGAUCGUGUGAGAAACCAUAAAUACAGGAAUGUGGGCGACCUGGAGAAGGAUGUGAUGCUGCUUUGUCACAACGCCCAGACCUUCAACCUGGAGGGAUCCCAGAUAUACGAGGACUCCAUUGUCCUUCAGUCUGUGUUCAAGAGUGCCAGGCAGAAGAUUGCCAAGGACGAAGAGAGUGAAGAUGACAGCGAUGAGGAUGACGAGGAAGAGUCAGAGGCAGAGGCCAAGUCGGUGCGGGUUAAGAUCAAGUUGAGUAAGGAGGCGCGCAGCCAUGACAAAGGCAAGAAGAGACAAAGCCGAGGGAAGGCCAAGCCGGUGGUGAGCGACGACGACAGCGACGAAGAUCUCGAUGACAAUGAUCUGUCAGACAAGAGCAAGAGUGACGACGACUGAGGGCGUGAGGAUAUUGUUUAUAGCACUUACAAACAAAAAGGACAAUAUCUUCCAUUACUGUUCAGGUUCUGUUUUCUUUUUAAUUUUACUUCAUUUGUCCUCGAGUGUCUGUAGUAUGCACCCCUUCUCCCACCAGCUUGGUAAUGUAUUACUAAUAAUUGAUAAGCUACAGCAAUACCAAUCUGCUUAUAUUCUUGUUUUUAAGACAAAUUUGUAGUAUAUUUUUUAACUCUGUGCUUUAAAGAAGGAAAUGAAAAAGGAGAAAAAAAAGAUUUGGUCAUGCUAUAUGUGCUUUUGCUUUAUUUGUACUUGCUUGCUUGUUGCACUUUUAGAAAAUUAAAUAUAUCCAUUUCCUUUUUUUUAAACAUAUAUAUAUAUAUAGCUACGGACAUCCAAGGUAAUUUGGAGAUCCACUUGUGAUUUUAAAAAAUGGCAAUCAAUUUUUGGAUUCAUUGUUUCACCUUGUGCAGUGCCAAAUGUCGAAACGUGGGGAAAUUGAUUGUUCGCUAAACCCCUCCCCUGACCAGCGAUUGUCCAGUUAUAGCUUAAUAAACGUAACUAGUUAUGGCAGGCCUGCCAAGCUUUAGUUUUGUUCACAUGUAGAUGCUAUCAGAGUUUAGGCUAACAUUAGCGCCUGUGUCCUGCUCUCUGCUGGAUUUGGGGAAGUUUACGCUGUCAAACUUGGUUAGUUUUCAUUCUCAACACCUUUUCUGUUGUAAUGUUAAGAGUGAAACUUAAUACUCUUUGAAAAGCUAAACAGGGUCAGAAUAAAUCAGAAUAAUAGUCUGAAUCUCACAUUUUUCCUUAUCGUACUUACUAUAGUGUAGUGCUCUAGCAGUGUAGAGCUAGAUACUAUGUCUAUCUAGCUCUACACUGCAACACUUCUCCUUUAUUUCCACGCCAUGGAUCAAAACUAGUGAGAACUUUUUUCCUGGGACCUUUUACAAGAUUAACGAUUUAAAACAAGUCAACUAAAACGGCUUUUUCAACCAGCUCAUGAAGCUGCGGCUUAAUUAGUUGGCCGCCAACGAUAGUUGUCAUUUUAGCAAAAUCGACGGUUGCCGGCUAGAAAUGAGAAGUCUGCUUCUGUCCGCCUCUGUCUGAAAUAAAAAUAAAAAAAAUUGUAAGAACUUAAACAGGAAAUCUGCCGCCGUUAUCAUAAAAAACGUUAACGCUUGACAGCAACUGUAACUACAAGGGGCGGGGCUUAGUGAACAGUCAGUUACGAGACAACACGAUUUUGAGAGUGUAAACUAUUUCUGAAGUCUCAAUAUCUUAUAGCCAGCACAACAAAAUGUCAGUUGUUGCUCGAUGACUUACAAUUUAAUUUGAAAUACCAUGAAUGCUGAAUGUGUUUUCAAACUGCUUUUAUUAAGAAAAAUGUAACCGUACAUUAUGUAGGCGGCACAUCAUUUAGAGAAGUCCAUGUGUUUCAUGUAUCCUUCUAAUUUUCAGUUGUUGCAUAUCAGAGCAGAAGCUUUGAACUUUGUAAUACUUUUCUCACUCAGAAUCAAUUGUUUGGGUUAUUUGGAUGGAGAGGCAGCAGAUUUAUGGGGAAACACCUUGUCUUGUUGAAUAAAACCAGCAUCUGUCGUAGCAGUAAAUGUAGCUUUUUAAAGCAUCUGAAAACAUGAUGCGCCAUCCAGAUUGUAAAGAACCAAGUCUUAGCUGGAUAUUUGCAGAGUAUCUGAGACGGGAGACAAUGGCAAAUAUUACAAAGAAAACAGUGUUAUGGAUUUGAAUAUAACUGUUAUAAAUAUAUAUAACUGUUUUAAAACAGUGUAUUGAUUGAAACUUUUGGAUUGAGGUGUUUUUGUUCCUGUGUUAGUUUUGAGCCCUCAUUUUAUUGAUUUAUAUGUUUGUAGCAUGAACUCUUUUGGCAAUUUACUGUGUACAUGCAGAUAUAUAUCAUUUGCUUGCCGACUCUCCAUAAGUGUGACUUAUCUUUGCUUUCUUUGCACAGUGUCUUUGUGGUUGUAUUGAAUAGCCCAGGGCAAAUAAAAUCUCACAGAUUUUCAGCACAAAAAAUGUUA